AUGGAAGCGCUCGGACCCGGCCCGCCUGCCCCUACCUCCCUCUUCCAGCCGCCACGUCGGCCCGGCCUGGGCACCGUGGGGAAGCCGAUUCGGCUACUGGCCAAUCACUUCCAAGUGCAGAUCCCCAAGAUCGAUGUCUACCAUUAUGAUAUCGAGAUCAAGCCGGAGAAGCGACCUCGCAGGGUGAACAGAGAGGUUGUGGACACCAUGGUGAGACAUUUCAAGAUGCAGAUUUUUGGGGACCGGCAGCCUGGUUAUGAUGGCAAGAGGAACAUGUACACGGCUCACCCCCUGCCCAUCGGGAGAGACAGGGUGGAUCUGGAGGUGACGCUGCCAGGGGAGGGGAAGGAUCAGACCUUUAAGGUGUCUCUGCAGUGGGUGUCCGUGGUCAGCCUGCAGAUGCUCCUGGAGGCUCUGUCUGGUCACCUGAACGAAGUCCCCGAAGACUCUGUACAGGCGCUGGACGUUAUCACCCGACACCUGCCAUCCAUGAGGUACACCCCGGUUGGUCGCUCUUUCUUCUCCCCUCCAGAGGGUUACUAUCACCCCUUAGGAGGAGGGAGGGAGGUGUGGUUUGGGUUCCAUCAGUCAGUCCGUCCAGCCAUGUGGAACAUGAUGCUCAACAUUGAUGUUUCAGCCACUGCUUUCUACCGCGCCCAACCUGUGAUUGAGUUCAUGUGCGAAGUUCUUGACAUCCAAAACAUCAACGAACAAACCAAGCCCCUCACAGACUCGCAGCGCGUCAAAUUCACCAAGGAAAUCCGCGGGCUGAAAGUGGAGGUCACACACUGUGGUCAAAUGAAGAGGAAGUACCGUGUGUGCAAUGUCACACGUCGGCCUGCUAGCCACCAAACGUUCCCUUUGCAGCUAGAGAAUGGACAAGCCAUGGAGUGCACCGUUGCCCAGUAUUUUAAACAAAAGUACAGUCUUCAGCUCAAAUACCCCCAUCUGCCCUGCCUACAGGUGGGACAGGAACAGAAGCACACCUAUCUACCCCUGGAGGUCUGUAACAUUGUGGCAGGACAGCGUUGUAUAAAGAAACUCACAGAUAAUCAAACCUCCACCAUGAUCAAAGCCACAGCCCGCUCUGCUCCAGACCGUCAGGAGGAGAUCAGCAGGCUGGUCAAAAGCAACAGCAUGGUAGGCGGGCCCGACCCCUACCUGAAAGAGUUUGGCAUCGUCGUCCACAAUGACAUGACAGAGGUGACUGGGCGGGUCCUCCCAGCGCCCAUGCUGCAGUAUGGGGGCCGGGUGAGUACAGACACUGGGAGGGACUGUGGCAGGAACAAGACCGUGGCCACGCCCAACCAGGGUGUCUGGGACAUGAGGGGGAAGCAGUUUUACGCUGGCAUCGAGAUCAAGGUGUGGGCCGUCGCCUGCUUCGCCCCUCAGAAGCAGUGCCGAGAGGAUUUGCUCAAGAGCUUCACAGACCAGCUGAGGAAGAUCUCCAAAGAUGCUGGGAUGCCGAUCCAGGGCCAGCCAUGCUUCUGCAAGUACGCCCAGGGAGCGGACAGCGUGGAGCCCAUGUUCAAACACCUCAAGAUGUCUUACGUUGGACUGCAGCUCAUCGUGGUCAUCCUGCCGGGCAAAACGCCCGUCUAUGCGGAGGUGAAGCGAGUAGGCGACACACUCCUGGGCAUGGCCACUCAGUGUGUUCAGGUGAAGAACGUGGUAAAGACCUCUCCACAGACCCUCUCCAACCUCUGCCUGAAGAUCAAUGCCAAACUGGGCGGCAUCAACAACGUACUGGUCCCCCAUCAGAGACCCUCUGUGUUCCAGCAGCCUGUCAUCUUUCUGGGAGCUGACGUCACGCACCCCCCUGCAGGAGACGGUAAAAAGCCCUCUAUCGCGGCGGUGGUGGGUAGCAUGGAUGGGCACCCCAGCCGUUACUGUGCCACAGUGCGGGUCCAGACCUCACGGCAGGAUCUGUCCCAGGAGCAGCUGUACAGUCAGGAGGUGAUCCAGGACCUCACCAACAUGGUGCGCGAACUUCUCAUCCAGUUCUACAAGUCCACGCGAUUCAAGCCCACGCGGAUCAUCUACUACCGCGGAGGAGUGUCUGAGGGCCAGAUGAAACAGGUGGCAUGGCCUGAGCUGAUAGCGAUCAGGAAGGCUUGUAUCAGUCUGGAGGAGGAUUACAGGCCAGGAAUCACCUACAUCGUUGUGCAGAAGCGCCACCACACUCGACUCUUCUGCUCAGACAAGGCCGAGAGGGUUGGGAAGAGUGGCAACGUCCCAGCGGGCACCACCGUGGACAGCACCAUCACACAUCCGUCUGAGUUUGACUUCUACCUGUGUAGCCACGCUGGCAUCCAAGGCACCAGUCGUCCUUCACACUACCACGUCUUGUGGGACGACAACUGUUUCACGGCGGACGAGUUGCAGCUGCUCACCUACCAGCUGUGCCACACUUAUGUGCGCUGCACCCGCUCCGUCUCCAUCCCCGCACCAGCCUACUACGCCCGGCUCGUGGCCUUCCGCGCCCGCUACCACCUGGUGGACAAAGACCACGACAGUGCGGAGGGCAGCCAUGUGUCGGGUCAGAGUAACGGUCGUGACCCCCAGGCCCUGGCCAAGGCCGUCCAGAUUCACUAUGACACCCAGCACACAAUGUACUUCGCCUGA